AUGAGGGAAGACCCCCAGCGAGAUCCCAACUCACUCUACUCAAGAGCAGAGUUUUGCGACAAUUUACUCGUUGACAUCGCCAGCCUGCCUCUCAAAGACAAGGACAGGCGUAGGAGCGAGACCGCACAGCUUAGGCUCUUGCAAUGGGCCAAGUCGCUCAACGUGUGGGGUGACAAGGACGCAAAUCUAGAUUCACUGCUGGAUCCAUCCAAAUGCAAAGUCCGUGGCCUAAUAGAGGCCUAUCUAGAGAUUCUGAAGGAAACUUCGCUGCUUGUUUUGAAAUCGGCAACACCACGGCUGCCCGACAAUCAUUUCGAUAUUGAAUUUGCCGAGAUUGAAUUGUCCCUCACAGAGUUACAGACAUUUGCAAACCUUUUGCUUUUUAACACCAAAGCAGGCUUCGGGCGGCGAGUCGCACAGUAUCGAAGUAAGCAUGACGACUACGACUUGAACAACGCCGUCACCACACACAUCCAAGCUCAGUUUCCUCACCUGACGCCGGAAGCUACUCACGAUGUUCUUGGCCGGUGGAAUGAGCUAAAAACGAAAUAUUCCAACUUGGCCGAAGCUGGCUCCCAAAGAGCAAGUGCGCCAUUUAGCAAACCCGCGGGGCUCUUGAAAGUCUUGGCGGAUGCUGUUGUCUUCACUCACUACAAGACACUCUACAAUGGAGACUACGAGCACAGGCGUAUCAAUGCAACCAAUCUCAAAAACGCAGAAUGGAGAUUGCCCGUCGAAAGCACCGAGGUAUCCGAUUCGAAAACAGAGUAUUCGCACAUUUGCCCAGUUUGCGCCGAGGCCUGUUCCGAACUAUCGUUGUCCCUAGGUCCAGAAUUGUGA